AGAAAAUUCCAGAAAGGAGGCAGGAGGAAGUUUUUUCAAUUAAGAUUCAUAAGUACUGCAAUGGAUUGUGACCUAAGCCUGCUGGUCAGGCCAAAAGAUUCAGCAACAAUCAAAGUGGAGAUCUGGGAAUCCAUUUUUCUUGAACAUAAGUGAGAUUGAUAAAUCUUAGAGGGAAGGCUCCUACACAGAACCUGAAAAUGAGAAACUGAGAUUGGUCUGUCACCAAAUCAUGCCAUGUGCAAAACUGAGAUAUGUGAAGAGUGCAAAUACUGAAAAAUUCAAGAAACAAAUAGUAGCAGCAUUAAAAAAUACCAUUACUCACUAAAGCAAGAAUCAUGUGUUAAGAAGCUUGUUCUGAACCUAUGAGACACCUAUGAAGCUGGAAAUCUGAUUUACAUUUACAAGUGGCUAUGACUGAAGUGGAUCAUCUAGGAGUGGCUCCUUGUAUCUUAGCAAAAAUAUAAAGAAGACGUGCACACUCUUGGACAAGAGGAGCCUGCGAUGAGAAGUUAAAUUUAUGAGCACAAUAUUUUGGAGACAUGGGAUGUAGCCAUUCUGUCCACAAUGAAACUAAGAAAUCUGAGAAAGCAAUGAAAGCAGCUGUGCUCAUUCAGAACUGGUACCGUUGUUACAAGGCUCGAUUAGAAUUAAGGAGGCGCCAGGCCCUGAACAUCUUUGAGAACAUUGAGUAUGCAGAUGAACAAGAUCAAAUGCAGCUAGCCAAGUUUUUCGCCUUCAUGCUGGAACACUAUGUAAAGAACAAAUCUAGUGCAGAUAAUCUGCCUAAGAUUUUUAACCCUGAACCUAAGCGAAAAUCAGACGAAGAAACUAUUAUAAGUCUGAUAGAAGUUCCAGACACUUAUUAUGGCCCUCGACUAAAAUUCCCUCUCACUUUUGCUGAUGUUGUACUUCUUAUUGAUGCUUUCAAGGAAAACCAGAUACUGCAUGCUCGCUAUGUUCUAGAAGUAUUACUAGAAGCCAAGAAGAUCUUGCAACAGAUGCCAAAUAUCAUUCACAUAUCAUCCACUGUAUCCAAGGAAUUAACAAUCUGUGGUGAUAUACAUGGGAAACUUGAUGACCUUUUUUUAAUCUUCUAUAAGAAUGGUCUUCCCUCAGGGAAUAACAGAUACGUUUUCAAUGGCGAUUUUGUAGAUAGAGGGCAAAAUUCCAUGGAGGUAUUAAUGGUCCUGUUUUCAUUUCUUCUUGUAUAUCCCAAUGAUGUAUACUUGAACAGAGGGAAUCAUGAGGAUUAUCUAAUGAACAUGAGGUAUGGCUUCACAAAAGAAAUUAUGCAAAAAUAUAAGCAACAUGGUGCAAAAAUUUUGCACCUUCUGGAAGAAGUUUAUACCUGGCUUCCUAUUGGCACUCUAAUUGACAAAAAAGUUCUGGUCAUACAUGGAGGAAUAGCAGACAAUACAGAUUUGACUGUGCUUGAACAAAUGAAAAGAAAUAGGAUGAGAUCAGUUCUAAUGCCACCACUAGUACCAGCAGUAUUUGAUCCAAGGCAUGGCCAUUUUUCUCAUGAAUUACCCCCACCAGCGAUGUUGGCUAUGGAGCAACUUACAAAGUAUGAAUGGGACCAGAUAGUCAAUAUUCUUUGGAGUGAUCCCAGAAGCAGAAAGGGCUGUUACCCAAACACAAGUCGAGGAGGAGGUUGUUAUUUUGGACCAGAUGUUACCGAGAAUAUAUUGACCAAAUUUGGUCUGAAGAUGAUCAUCAGGUCUCAUGAAUGUAAACCAGAAGGUUUUGACAUCUGCCAUGAUGGAAAGAUUAUCACAGUGUUUUCUGCAUCCAACUACUAUGAAGAAGGCAGCAAUCGAGGUGCUUACCUCAAAUUGAGCCAUGAUACAACCCCUCGAUUUUUCCAGUACCAGUCCAGCCAAAUCACCCAAGCAAAAACUCUUCAUGAAAGGGUGGAUAUCGUUGAAAAUGCUGCCUUCAGGAUAUUAGGAGAGAGAAUGAUUAUCCGGAAAACCAACCUCAUACAAGCUUUUCGAAAGUAUGAUCCAAAUGAUACAGGAAAGAUUUCUCUCAGUGACUGGGCAAAGGCUACAGAGGAAGUUUUAGAAUUGCAUUUGCCAUGGAUGUCUUUAUGCCCUCGACUGGUCAAAACAAUUGAGGAUGGAUAUGUUCUUUAUAAUAUGGGUUUUAAGGAUCUACCUGUUGUAAGGGCUCCAAAAGUGGCUAAAGCAGGGAUGGUAGAAACUCUGGUCAGAUACAGAUCUGACUUGAAGAUCAUAUUCAACAUCAUCGACAAAGAUCAAUCAGGUCUGAUCUCCAUGGAUGAAUUUCGUGCCAUGUGGAAACUUUUUUGCUCUCAUUAUAACAUUGACAUUGAAGAGUCUCAUGUUGACCAACUGGCUCACAGCAUGGAUCUCAACAAAGAUGGCAGUAUUGACUUUAAUGAGUUCUUAACAGCCUUUGAUGUGGUUCACAGAGCCACAAAUAAGCUAUAACUCUCAAAUCUCAAAACGUAUGAAAUUCCUUAGAUUGUCUCUACAAUGGUAGGCUCUCAUGCAGAACUAAAAUCUUUAUCAGGCUCAUGGCAUAUGGAUGAAUAGUGUGAAUACAAGAAGUUCCCAGUGAGCAAUUAAUGAUAGAAAAAAGUUAUAUAUAUCUUCUUAUAGGAUCUAUACUCUAGAUUUAGGACAUUGUCAAAUGAGAAAUCAAGAUCUGAUCCUGGGUACUGGCCCCAUAGAUCUACUUUUAUCUGGAGACCAAAACACAAUCAGAAUAAGUCUGGAGAGGCAAAAAAAAAAAAAAAAAAAAAAAAAAAAAAAAAAAAAAAAAAAAAAAAAUCAAAGAUAAUUAGCCAGCAUUCUGUAUGUGAAAGAUCUUGGAACAAUAGGAUGAGGAAUGACAGGGAAUUAGUGAAAUAAAAUGUUAUUUCCAUCUCUGCAA